AGUCGGAAGAGAACGACACAAAAAACGGCGGUGCUGGGGGUUGUUGUUUUACGGCUGCCGACUCGCUGCGGAGGGCUUCCCCCCCGUACACAUUUGAAAAAAUAUUUCCUACAUGAGGUUUAAGGUUAUACAUGUCGGGAUUUCGGCAGGGAAUGUAACUAACACACGGCGGAUCACGCGGCUAACUUUUUUUUUUUAAUGGAGUAUAGAGCCGUAGAGGGGCUUUGAACUACUCAGCGACGGUAGAAACGACACCAUUAUAUAUUUUUUUUUAGUAUUUUCGCUUAUACGAAGAGUCACUCGGUUUCGCAUGGAGCCACUACUUUUUGACGGUGUAGCAAAGUGUGGUAGUCCGGUAACGUCAGCUAAUGCUAGCAGCUAGGUAAGCUAGGUCGGUGUUAGCUGCUAGCCCCGCCGUAGAGCACCGAGGUUAGCCGCACAACUUUGCCUAGGCUUCGCUCAAGGAUCCGGCUCAAAAGUAGAAUAUUGUGUGUUUUUAUCAACGAGUGACUCGUUGGGUUUAAAGGGUCGUGUCGAGUCGGGCUUAUGUGCUAUGUGUGUCGAAGAUUACUCCCAGAAAACGCUGAUCCGCCCGCAAGAUGCAGCCCCUGCAAACAGCCUAACCCCCACCGCCGACGCACAAUGCCGGAUCACGCCGAGUGAACAGUCGCAGUUUUGACAGAAGACGGAGCGUCAAGUCGCGCAGGUUGCUCCACAUUUUUUGUUGUCGUGCGGAUGCGAACGCACCGAGGAGUAAUUUUUUUUAAAGUCUGACAAAAGGGAUACGGACAGAUCGUCUUCAAAUCAGGCAUAUAUAUAUAUAUAUAUUUAUUUUUUUUUGGUCGACUCCUUGCAUCAAAAUGUCGGCCAUCUCUGCAGCCGAGAAAGUGGACGGAUUUACGAAAAAGUCCGUGAGGAAGGCCCAGAAGCAGAGAAGAUCCCCCGGCUCGUCUCAGUACAGGAAUCAGAUCGUUCCGGUGGAGCUUUCGUCUCUGCCCCAGCUAAAAGAUGCGCCCUCCACUGAGCAACAGGAACUUUUCAGUCAGAAACUCCGGCAGUGCUGCAUGCUCUUUGACUUCAUUGACUCGGUGACGGAGAUGAAGAGCAAGGAGAUCAAGAGGGCCACGCUGAAUGAGCUGGUGGACUAUGUGUCCACCAACAGAGGAGUCCUCGUGGAGUCUGCGUACCCUGAGAUCACCAACAUGAUCACCACGAACAUUUUCCGUACACUUGCACCGAGUGACAACCCAGAUUUUGACCCAGAGGAGGAUGAACCCACUCUAGAAGCUUCAUGGCCUCAUAUCCAACUUGUCUAUGAGUUCCUUCUGCGCUUUCUUGAGAAUCCGGACUUCCAGCCCAGCAUUGCGAAGCGCUACAUUGAUCAGAAGUUUGUACUUCAGCUUCUGGAGCUGUUUGACAGUGAGGAUCCAAGGGAGAGGGACUUCCUGAAGACCAUCUUGCACCGGAUUUAUGGGAAGUUCCUGGGGCUUCGGGCCUUCAUCCGGAAGCAGAUUAACAACAUCUUCUUGCGGUUCAUCUAUGAGACUGAACAUUUCAAUGGCGUCGCUGAACUCUUAGAAAUCCUGGGAAGCAUCAUCAAUGGCUUCGCGCUACCUUUGAAGGCGGAGCAUAAACAGUUUCUAAUGAAGGUGCUCAUCCCGUUACACACGGCAAAAGGACUGGCCCUGUUUCACGCGCAGCUGGCCUACUGUGUUGUCCAGUUCUUGGAAAAAGAUCCCACGCUCACUGAACCGGUGAUCCGAGGCCUGCUGAAGUUUUGGCCCAAGACGUGCAGCCAGAAAGAGGUGAUGUUCCUGGGUGAGAUUGAGGAGAUUUUGGAUGUCAUUGAGCCGACACAGUUUAAGAAAAUCCAGGAGCCGUUGUUCAAGCAGAUCUCCAAAUGCGUGGCCAAUCCCCACUUUCAGGUAGCUAAGAACGUUUUUUUUUUUUCCCUGGACCCUUAUUUACAACCACAGUGGCAUGUGUACUCACAGGUAGCGGAGCGAGCACUGUACUUCUGGAAUAACGAGUAUAUUCUCAGCCUCAUCGAGGAGAACAUCGACAAGAUCCUCCCCGUCAUGUUUGGAAGCCUGUACCGGAUCUCCAAAGAGCACUGGAAUCAGACCAUUGUAGCUCUGGUCUACAAUGUGCUGAAGACACUGAUGGAGAUGAACUGUACUCUCUUUGAUGAGUUAACCUCCUCCUAUAAGUCAGACCGGCAACGGGAGAAGAAGAAGGAGCAAGAGCGCGACGAGCUUUGGAGGAAGCUUGAGGAAUUGCGGCUCAGCGACACCAGGCUGGAACCGAACAACAGCCACAAGCUUCUGAGUCUGCAAAACAACAACAAGAAUAGCAAUAACAACAAUCAGGACAAGGUCACCGAUGAUGUUGACCUUUACGGCGGCCAGUGAGAGAGAGAGAGAGAGAGAGAGAGAGAAACCCACGUGCCAAAACGACACCGCACUCCCGCUUUUAGCAAUCUGGUUGGCGCUGUGUCUCCGUGACUUGUCAGGAGAGGACGAACAAAGAUGGGAGACAAACUACACCUCAUUUUAUAAAGAGUGACUUCAAACGCCUCACGGAAAACAAGGUUUGAUGUUAGCGCGCGUCAGCAGCAGCAGUAUAUAUAAAUAUAUAUAUAUAUAUAUUGUUGUUUUGUCCGCUCUUGUAGUCAAUGUUUUGUGGUGCGGCGGCGGAGAGACAAUUACGACUUGAAUUCAGCAUUUCAGAUUGUUGCUGCGACAAGAUGAAUAGUUCAACAAAGAUGUCUAUUUUGUAACGUUCUGCGUCGUCGCUGCCGACCUUAGUUAUGGGGGGAGGAAGUGAGGCAGACCUAAUUAAAUCCUGCAUAAAGGACCACAAUCAAUGUACCAAUCUGAUAAAACACCCUGUACCUCGGUUUUCGUUUGUAAUCCGAUCCAAAAAUAUCCAGCAAAAUUCCCCUAAGAAAUCCAAUCUAUUUUACAGAGAAUGAUUAUAGUUUUACAUGUAGAGAAGAAUGCGAAAUAUAUAUAUAUAUAAUCGAUGUGUAAAUCAUACUUGCCAACCCUCCCGAAUUUUCCGGGAGACUCCCGAAAUUCAGCGCCUCUCCCGAAAACCUCCCGGGACAAAUAUUCUCCCGAAAAUCUCCCGAUUUUCAGCCAACAGGGUGACAAGAACUAAAUCAUCCAGACUAGAGAUAAAUUGUAUUAUUAUGUUCAUUUUACCUAAAAAUAAAUAUAUUUAUUAAUUAAAAAACCCCAAAACUAAAUAAUUUUUUAAAAUAUUUUGCUAAAAACAUCAAAAUUAAUUGUAUUUUCAUUUGUAUUUUUUUGUGACUCCUUAUUACAUCCAGCCAUAGAAUUAUACAUUAAAAUAAACAUAUUUGAAAUAAUUGAUUUUAAAUGAUCAUAAUAAUUCAUUUAAAAUGACCAUAUUUAAUUAUUAAAAUAAUUGCUUGUUUAUCAACAACUUUAGCAUUUUAUUCAUUACAUUUUGAAGCUCUCAGAAGCCAAGUUAUGUUAUAUUCCUUAAUAUUUAUUUAUGCAAGUUUGAAGUAUCAAUUAUCUAAACACAGUUUUGUUUGCAUAUUUUUAGGAUGUAUAUAUAUAUAUUUGUCUUAAUAAGGUUAUCCAAAAAAUAGUGCUCGAUACCGUAGUAGAGCGCAAUAUAUGUAUGUGUGGGGA